AUGCUAUGUAGAAUAAUAUUUUUUAUUAUUGUAAUAUAUCUAAGAGAUUUAAGGGAUUAUUCUUAGGUUGAACUAAUACUAUAUGUUAUUAUAUGGUUAUUAUUCCAUCUAUAUAUUUAAAGUUUUUAACAAUAAUAUUUUUCUAAAAGUGAAUCCAAAAUAUUAAAUUGA